AUGUCCUACGGGUAUCCUGGCCAGGGAGGCUACGGCGCCAACCACGGCGGUUACGGUGGCGGCGGAGGCUAUGAUGCACCUCCCGGCCCGCCGCCUCCCCGCCGCUACCACCAAGAUGAGUACGACGCUCCUCCGGGGCCACCGCCUUCCCGUCCCAGCUAUGGCCGGGACGACUAUGGUGCUCCGCCAGGACCCCCGCCACCUCAGAGUUAUGGCGGACACGAUUACCACCGUCCGCCGCCUGGCCCACCUCCUCCUGAAGCGAACUAUGCUGCUCCUCCCGGGCCGCCACCCUCGAGAGGGGACUACCGCCCUCCCUCUGGUCCUCCCGGCGGGCGAAACUACGGGUAUGGCCAGGCGCCCCCUGACGCCCACCCAGACCGCGCCUACAGUCGCCAGUAUAGCCCGCCCAACUACCCUCCUCCCUCUGGUCUCGAUGUCUAUGGCUAUCCUGUGAACAGGCCCGACAGCAACAGGCCUCACAUGCCCACCGUCAACUCCAACUCUUACCUGCAUGGCAACCGGUCAGCCCCGCCACCUCCGCCAUCUGGUAUCCAGCAGUUCGGCCAUGGUGCACCAGAGGGCUAUGGCUACCAGUACUCUACCUGCACGGGUAAAAGGAAGGCUCUGCUCAUCGGCAUCAACUACUUCAACCAGGAUGGUGAGCUGCGAGGCUGCAUCAAUGAUGUGAAGAACAUCUCGGCAUUCCUCACUGAGCGCUACGGCUACAAGAAGGAGGAUAUGGUGAUCCUCACAGAUGACCAGACUAACCCUGUUGGCCAACCUAUCAAGGACAACAUACUGCGGGCUAUGCACUGGCUUGUCCAGGGCGCGCAGCCCAACGAUUCCCUGUUCUUCCACAACACAGGUCAUGGCGGCUACACCGAAGAUUUGGACCGCGCGGACGCCACGAUCGCCAACAAGGCCACUGGCGCUAUGUCACAUGCCUUCAUUUCCGCCCUCAAGGCCAACCCGCAGCAAAGCUACGUUGAGCUGCUCAACAGCAUCAGAGAGAUCCUAGAGGGCUCGUACAGUCAGCUGCCGCAGCUUUCGAGCAGUCACCCGAUGGGCGACGUUUUGGGGCGUGCCAAUGGGAUGAGCGGAAGUCAGUGA